AAUCCAUAUGAGGAUGGGAGAAGAAGGGACUUUGAUUCUUAUCCAAAUUGGCUGUUGUGCCGUCUUUAUUUGCAGACACAAUCUCCUCCAUGAUUACAGAGAGCCCGUCCCAGUUCUAUCCUUUCAUACAAUUAUUGGAUUUAUAAACUUUUUUCUUCUUGUUUUCAUAUGGAUAAUGUUAAAUAUAUAACUAAUCUAGUGUAGCGAUCGAUUUGCGAACCCUAACCUAAUCGCACAAUCAUUGAUCAAGAGAUCAAUGGCUAAAUCUGUCCGAGAGAAUAUGAAAUUUAGCUAUUCAAACAACGAAAUUUGAUACUUAAUUCUUUGUAAAAAGAUUUCAAAAAGUCUGGGAGAUAGAGAAGAAAUGAACGGCUUCGUGUCAAUUUUGUUUGUAGUGAGGGCUGGUGAGACGAGUGUCCUGUAAACUGAAUUUUACGCUCCCAAAUUUCCAUUGGUUCGGCUUCGCUUCAAGCUGGAGAGAGAUAGAGAGGGAAGAAAACAAAAUUGUUCGUGUUUUCUUUUUGGGAAAUUUUCUGUUUGUUUUGGGGAUUCUGUUACCUUCAAUGAUCCGAGGCUUCGAAGGGGAAAUCCGCCGCUGCAAAAUCCCCAUUUCUGUAGCAUUUGAUCAUCUUGAUUCUUUGUGGUUUGCUCUUCCUUCAAUUCUCUAUAUCAGAAGCUGUAGCUUGAUUUCUAGUAUUAAGGGGCAGUCGAUUUCCCCUUCAAGAGUUCGAGUUUUGGCUUCUGUAGGUCGUUGAAUACUCGAUUUUACUGGGUUUUACGACGCCGAUUCUGAGUUUAAGUCACUUGCGCUGGAUUUGUUCCUUGUAAACGAUGACGCUCACGCUUGAAUCGCUGCCUGGAAGCUCUGGGUACUUGGAUAUCUACCCUGAGAGGAAAAUGUAUUAUUUUAAGAAUCCUUACGUGCUUGGAUUAACGGUGGUUGCUGGGAUUGGCGGGUUGCUCUUUGGCUAUGAUACAGGUGUGAUAUCCGGAGCUCUUCUUUAUAUUAAAGAUGAUUUUGAGGCCGUCAGAAACAGUAGUUUCCUUCAGGAAACAAUUGUGAGUAUGGCUUUGCUUGGUGCAAUUGCUGGAGCUGCUGCUGGGGGUUGGAUUAAUGAUGUUUAUGGACGGAAGAAGGCAACCCUUCUUGCUGAUGUUGUAUUUGUACUUGGUGCUGUUGUAAUGGCUGCAGCUCCAGAUCCAUAUAUUCUUAUAGCAGGACGAUUCCUAGUCGGAAUUGGCGUGGGCGUGGCAUCUGUCACAGCUCCAGUAUACAUUGCAGAAUCAUCCCCAUCAGAAAUAAGAGGUGGACUAGUCAGCACUAAUGUGCUAAUGAUAACUGGUGGACAGUUUCUCUCCUACCUCAUAAACCUUGCUUUUACCCAGGUCCCCGGAACAUGGCGUUGGAUGCUAGGAGUUUCCAGUGUUCCAGCUGUGAUUCAGUUUGCUUGUAUGCUUUGUCUGCCAGAGUCUCCGAGAUGGCUCUUUAUGAAGGGUGACAAAUCCAAAGCCAUUUCUGUGCUCUCUAAAAUCUAUGAUUUUCCUCGUUUAGAAGAUGAGAUUGAUUAUCUUUCUUCUCAACUCGAGGAAGAACGGCGUAAAGUAAAAAACGUAAGCUACUUGGAUGUAUUCAAAGCAAAAGAGAUCAGACUUGCGUUUUUAGCUGGGGCUGGACUUCAGGCAUUUCAGCAGUUCACUGGUAUCAACACAGUCAUGUACUAUAGCCCAACUAUCGUCCAGAUGGCUGGCUUUCGUUCCAACAAGUUAGCACUCCUUCUAUCCCUCAUUAUUGCUGCCAUGAACGCUGCUGGAACGGUUCUUGGAAUCUACCUUAUCGACCACGUCGGGAGGAAGAAGCUUGCCAUUUCAAGCUUAUCUGGUGUUAUAGUAUCACUUGCCAUUCUCUCUGGGGCAUUCUUUGUUGGUCAAUCUGGUUCAACCAAUGGUCUAGAUGGAUGGAUUGCAGUAAUUGGAUUAGCUCUCUACAUUGCUUUCUUUGCCCCUGGGAUGGGACCGGUGCCAUGGACCGUGAACUCGGAGAUAUAUCCCGAGGCUUAUCGAGGGAUUUGUAGCGGCAUGUCAGCAACAGUCAAUUGGGUUUCGAAUUUGAUUGUAGCUCAAACGUUUCUUUCACUCGCUGAAGUAGCUGGAACUGGUCCGACUUUCCUCAUCCUUGCAGGCAUAGCCGUGCUCGCUGUUCUGUUCGUUAUCAUGUACGUUCCCGAGACGCAGGGACUCACGUUCGAGGAGGUGGAGAGGAUUUGGAAGGAGAGGGCUUGGGGAAGGGAUUCAAAUACAGAAAGCCUUCUUGGUUGAGCAGGAAAACUGAGUAAAUGGGAGAUUGUGAUAUAUAUGUGGGUAGGACUUCAUGGAUAUCAUUCAUGGAUAUGAUGAUGGAGACAGAUUUGUAUGUUUUAAUAAGAAUAUGCUUCAAAUUGAUUAAGGCAUCUUCUCCAAAGUGAGGAAAUAAGGUGUUCUUCAUUUGGAAAGCUGGACUGUGUUUCUGUAAACUUAAUUACGAAUGCCUACAGUUUUCACA